AUGUAUAUCUUUGACCGCCAUUGUGCGUGUAUUUUUUAUAUUGAUUGGAAUCGACACAGAAAGAUUGGUGGCACUGGAAGUGGUGGAAAUAGUAGUGCCGUUGGCACUGCAAGCACAACUACAAGUAUGAAUGGUCAACAAGACAUCGAUUCGGUAGGAUCCUCACCAGUUCAUAGUGUGGCAACUAACCACCUUACGAGCCAUCACUCUACAGCGUCACAAUUAACGAGUACCACAAGCAUGUUUUCCGACAGUCGGUUGGUUAACAUUGAGGAAGAAGCUAAAUUAGUAUACGGUGUCAUAUUAUCUCUAAAAAACUUUGUCAAAAAAUUAAGCGGAAGGCAACUUCAUUAUUAUGAAACUCCAUCGGGAUUGAAAUUUGUCAUGAAUACCGACACUACAGUUGAUUCCCUUCGACCUGUUUUACGACAAAUAUAUACAAACUUUUAUGUAGAGUAUGUUAUAAAAAAUCCUUUAUCACCCGCCGAGCACCCUGGAGGUGAAGGUGUCAACAAUGAUUACUUUAAAGCUGCCGUUGAUAAAUUUGUCAAAAGCUUGGCGGUCUUCGACACAUAA